AAUAAGACAUUGUCCGUAUUUUGCAAGAAAAAUUGUAAUAUUCAACGUACGGUAACUGUUACGUAGAGAAUCGCAUUGUAAUGUGAAAAUGCACAUUUACUCUGUUGUACACGCAGUAUACUCUUAAACAAUUCACGUUGACCUCACAGCAACACUUAAACUGUGUAUAAUUAAACUACACCUAUAAUGAUCGAGGUAAGCUUUGAUCAAAGCGAGUUACUGAGACAGCCGCGCGUAAACACAAAUUGCUGUGUAAAUCACCAACCAACAUUGUCCAUGCGAUUGCGAAACAGAACCCAGUACGCUACUAAACCAGUGCACGAAAUUACUAUUUAAAAUGCCUCCUUUGCGUUUAUCAUUGUUCUACGUCACGAUACAAAUCACAGAGACGGUGACAUGUACGAUCUUUAAACACACGUAUCAGAAUACGUAUCUUAUCAAAUAUUAAGAUUGUGCGAAUGGGAACAGUCGAUCUGAGGACCGCGGUUGCAACAGGACAGUUGUCGGGCCUCGUCGGUACAGCUGACAGUUGUCGAAUUGUUGUAAACUACAAACAGCAUUCGACCGACCGACGCCGCUUCGAGUGAACGUCGGAAACAUCGACUCACGUAACUAUAGUUGUAGUGAAUAGCGUGCGCGUAGUCGAACAGUGACGUGCCAUGCCCACGGCCCGCGCUUCCCCCCUCGCAGGGCUAUGGAGAUGCUCCUCGAUAAGCUCAAGAGAGAACAAGGAGGCUUGCGAAGGACCCGAUCCGUCCGCGCUUCCCUACGAUUGAUAGGCAACCGCUGGCGGUCCGCUAAGGACGGUGAACAAACGGAAGAUAUCGAAAAUAAGCGAGACCUCAUAUUCUCGAAGAACAUUUGGUGUGACGGCGACAAUACCAUCGCUUACACUGGUGUCGAGGGUACUUACAGAUCGAAGACACCGAUAAUGGCGAAAAGAAAGCCGGAAGUGGCCAAACAGAGGCGAAAGAGCGGCAACAUAGAUCUCACGCUGAAGCCGCAGCAGCAUAGGAAAGUGGAAAAGGCGAAAUUCAGUGACAUAUUUUUAAAUAAAAAACAAAAAAGUGUUUCGGCGAAGGAAUUACUGCCCCCGCAGAAGGUGCCGCCGAAAGCCGCGGCGAUACUGCAUAUACAUUCUCCGAUCAAGGAUAAAGCGAAAAAGAAAUUGAAGAUCGUUGGUAAAUCUGAGUCUGCGAAGUCGAUGACUGAGGCGAGUGUGCCGCCGCGCACGAGGAGAGGAUCUGAGAGUGAAUUAAGUGUUACCCAGAGUCACGGCUGCGUUAACCACGCGUUCGUGUACAGCACGCCGCCUAAGGAAAGGAAGCUCGCACUAACGCCUUACUCGCCUUCUUAUCUCAAGCUACAGUACGGCGGGCUGCUGGAGGGGUGCGCGGGGGAGCUGCCGUCGCUGAGCGCCUGCGCCCCUCUCCCCGCCACGCUCGAUAAGGCGGCGCGGCGACAGCAAAGGGAUGCGCGCGCGCACCAAAACAAACUUGCACAAGUUAACAUACAUUUGCAGGCACUAUUUGCUGCAGUGGAACAUGGAUACUUGGACAAGGCUCGCAAUAUCCUCGAGUCCACGGACGUGGAUGUCAACAGCCUCAACCCAGAUGGUCUAUCACCGUUGGACGUGGCGGUGUUGGCGAACAACAGACAGCUCGCAAGAAUGCUUAUGGAGUUUGGUGCCAAAGAGGGAUCCCAGUUCAAAACGCCGGACUCCCUGGGCGCACAUCUACGGCGGCUGUCGAGCGAGGCCAAGUCUCGGCUGCAUGAUUUCGGAGGUUGUAACCCGGAGCGAGACUGCAAGGAGGACAGCUGUACUAGAUCUUCUGCGGCUGGGCAGGCUGGCACGACGGGCUGCGCCGGCGGUACCGGCUCCGAGAAGGACAAGCAGGCGCUGCACUGGGAGCGGAGGCUGCGGACCCUUAAACGAUUGAUGUUAGGAUGGCAACAAGCGCGCGCGCCGAGCGGGCCCGCGCCCGAGCUGGAGGUGUGCGGCGCGCACGCGGUCGCCGUGCGCCUCCGGGAACACAAGCACACCGUCACAUUCUCACAGUCGCCGCUAAGGGAUAACUCCAUCAUUACUAAGUAUAAAGUGGAAUGGUCAUCGCGUGCGGAUUUUUCGAACCUAUGCGGCUUCCGCGAGGUGGCGGCUUCUGGCACCACGAAUGGCACCAAAGUGCUAGCUGCGGGGCUCACCAGGGGCCGGCGGUACUUCUUUAGAGCCGCCGCUGGGAACAUCAAGGGCUGGGGGCCCUUCACAGUCUCCGUGCCACGAAGCGUAGUACCCAGCAGUUGGCGCGACGUGUCGGGGCGCAGGUCGCGCGGCGCGGGCGGCGGCGCGGCGGAGGCGCUGGAGGCGCUGGCGAGCGCGGCGGCCGGCGCGCGCCCCCGCCCGCAGCCGCCGCGCCUGCCCCGCAAGAAGACCGCCACCAUACGGCAGCUCUUCACCGCUGCCAGCAAGUUCCAGAAGAAUCUGAGAAGAGGUGUAUACCUGUCGUGUAUAGUGUACCAUGAGGACAAGGUGCUGGUGACCAGCGAGGAGUUCCUGCCCGUCAUUGAGGUGGACGAGACCUAUCCUGCCUGCAUCUAUACUGACUUCCACUGGCUUAUGAAGGUGUCGUGUUCCUGGGAUGAAGUGAAGUCGCUGAGGUCAGACAUGGAGAAGCACACCUCCUCCUCCGUGCACUUCCGCCUCAAGCUGCUGACGGCCGCUGCGCAGAUGCAGUCCGCACUCGGCAUACAGGACCUAGGGCAGUUGUACCACCGGCCGCUGCGCGACGCGCACGGCACGGUGGUGGUGUCGUGCGUGUGCGGCGCGCGCGGCGGCAAGCUGGCCGCGCUCAACUCGCGCUGGGCGCCGCUCGCCAAGCUGCGCCGCCGCGUGCUCAGCGAGGACAACACCAUGGCCGACCUGCUCAUGGCCUCCGUGCACGACCAGAUCGCAUACCACCAGGUGUCUCGCGUGCAGCUGCCGCGCGGGCUGUACCUGGGCUACCUGAAGCUGCAGUCGUCGGUGGAGGUGGUGCGCAUCGUGGCGCCCGCGCGCACCCCCAACGUGCCCCCGCACACCCGCCUCCGGGACAACCCCCACGUCUCCGCAGAAGAAUGGGACUACCUGCUAGCGCAAUCCGGCAAAACGACAGAAGACCAGCAAACGAUAAACAGCCUCGCGAUCACAGCCGACGAGAAGCCCUCAGAAUCUCAGGAGAUGUUCCUCGACCAGAUAUCCUGCGCCGCGAGGAGACUAUUCAAGGAGAUGGACAUACCUAUAGAAACCGUCAACUCCCACCGAAUCUACGACCUCGAGGUCAUAGAGCUGAACAAUGACGUCAGUUUCAUCAUGGUGUGUCCUCCGGCCGAGCAGGCCUGCUCCGUGCCCGGACAGAAGGAGAUCCUCCUCCAGAAGGGAGACCUGCUCAGUCUGCCCAUACAAGCCUUUGAAAUGAUACACCUGCAGACAUACCACACCAGCAUCCUGAACAAAUACUCCAAGCUGAGCUGCGUCCUCGAGCUGGAUGUAGCCCUCGCAGCACAUUCACAUAGAGAAGCCUUCUCCUGCACCGAGCUACAAACAGCCAAAGAAAGACUCAACAAACUAGAAGACUUACAGAACAAUCUCAAUAUCGUGUGGAAGGCGGAACGAUGGCUCAUGGAUUUGAUCAGCUUCGCGAGAGACAAAGAUAAGGCUGGCACCAGCUCUGGUAUACUCCUCAAAUGCAUCCUCGACAGGAGUCCUACUGAAGGCUGCGUCCCCGAAACGGAUACCACGGACAAAGAUGUAAAUCUCAAAGUAGACUUACUCCAGAUACCUUCUAGAGAUGGAAAAAUAACCAAAACCUCACCAGGGAGAGGAUCCUGGCCAGGUCCCGCGGGAAACGGAAACCACGCUCAUUUACAUCCCGAAUUCAGCAAAUCAGAACAACAAUUAAGUCUGUCCCCGCGACAAACAUCAGUUUCAACCCUCAAUUUGAGUACUUCGCAAUUUUUAAACCCAGAUUCCAAAUACUCUAGAAAAGGCAGCGGUGAUUCCCAAUUCACUCAGUCCAGUCUCAUGAGUAACAAUUAUUUGAGCAGUAACUCACAAUUUGAUAUCAAAUCAUCCGGUUCCCAUACAAGUAUCGGUAGCAAUCGAUUACCGCCAUCAAAGAGCGAAGAUACCCUCGUAUUGCAAAACGAGAACGUAGACCCUAAGCCUAGACCUCACAGCAUGAGCAAUACUGCCUCCACAACUUCCAGUCCAUUACUGACAGUUAAAAACUACUACCCCGGUAGCAUGAUAAGUGUCCGUACAAUAAAGGGUAACGUCUCAGAAUCCGCACAAAGUUUGUCCAGCGAUUCUGAAAGUCAAAGCUCACCAUUAUCAGUACCUUUAAAACUGCGUCAUUCCCCCAACCCUUACAAUGUGAUCGCGUCAAAAAGUAUGACAAACGUGAAAUCUGACGUGGAUUUUACUGACACGGGACAAAGUCAUAAGAACCUCUGCAUCAAACGGCAGCCGUUGCUGGAGACGCAGGAAGACGAAUGCAAUAAUAAAGUUCCUAAGACUGAAAGAGACGAUAUGAAACCUCACGAACAACGGACUCCAGACCAACCUGGAAUAUUGCAGGUAUUCGCGGCUUACGAGACCGGGCUAGCGGUAGGUACCUCACUUAAACUACACGUGACCCCAAGAACAUCCGCACGAGAAGUAAUCGACCUCGUAGUGAAGCAACUAAACAUGGCCGCAGUAUUAAAGGGGAAAGCAGGGCCCGUAUAUGGCCCUGAAAGGCUGCAGGACUUCUGCCUUGUGGCUGUUAUAGGGGCCCGAGAAAGAUGCCUUCGAGAUGACUUUAGGCCCUUACAGUUACAGAACCCUUGGAGAAAGGGACGAUUGUAUGUACGAUUGAAACAUGAUGUUCUAGCUGCUUUACAGCAUUCCGCUAAACAACCAGCUUUUAUUUAAUAUAGUAAAAAUUAUAACGAAAGGUGAAAGGCUAUUUUUUUUAACCGCCGUUUUAGGCAAUAUUGACUUAUAUAUUCAGAAUCAGUAAAUUUAAUAUGAAAGAAGUAAUUAAGUAUGCAGAAUUAUUACAUUUGUUUUUUAUCAUAAUGUGUUAGUCUGUAAUUGUAUCCAUGAUAUUGUUUUAGUUAUAAUUAUUUUCCUUCGUCAAACAUAACUUAUUUCAUGUGAUACGUUGACUUCCUAUUGUAAAUAAACAAAUAAAUAAAUAUAGUAAAUUUAAUCAAGAACCGAUCCGAAAAUCUUUCAAUUUAAAUUCUUUUCAGGAUUUACUUUUAUGGUUUUUUUUUUUCUAAAAAUGAAAACUUUAAUGGCUCGCCUCAACAUUGAACCUAAUGGGGCUUAAAACAAAUAGCCUGCCACCUGUAAAUAUAAGGAAUAUAUAAUUUAAAUAUCCAAAGAUAUGCAUGAAUGCAUGAAUCUAAAAAUUUCAUAAUGUCUAGAUAGUUACGAUACACGUACAGUGCCGUCGAUUAUCUAAAAGCAUAAAACGUUUUAAAA